AUGGCGGCGUGGAACAUCAGGGGAUUCAACCACCCUGAUAAGGUAUUUGCCUGUAAGCGUCUGAUUCAAUCUCACAAGCUCGACUUGAUUUGUAUUUUAGAGAAUCGUAUCAAUAUUCUCUCUUUCCAAGAUCCUUUCUUCGAGAUUUCUCAUUCUCUCUUCCCUAAUGAAGCUAGCUGUAAUAAUUUUGCCCUUAAUUCUUCGGGCCGCAUUUGGAUUAAAUGGAAUGCCUCUAAAAUCUGUUUCAAGCCUACGCAGAUUUCACCUCAGAUCAUCUCUGGUUUUAUCCUAGUGGCUAAUCAACCAAUUCUUCAUCUCUCGGCCAUUUAUGCCUCAAAUAAUCAGUUGGAGCGUAAGGAACUCUGGGAAGCUAUUGCUGAUAUUCAUGCUUCCAUCAAUCUUCCGUGGGCUCUUAUGGGAGAUUAUAAUUGCUGUAGAUUUGCAUCAGAUAAAUUGGGUGGUAUUCCUAUCUCCAUGUCCUCUCUAGCUGAUUUCAAUACUAUGAUCUUCAACAAUGGCCUGAAGGAUCUUACUUCUGUUGGUCUCAACUACUCUUGGUUCAAUCAGCGCUCUGAUAAUCCAAUUCACAUCAAAUUGGACCAUGUUCUCGUUAAUGAUCUGUGGUUGGAAUCUUUUGCUGGCUCUUAUUGCUCCUUCCAAAACCCAUCUUGCUCGGAUCAUACACCUAUUUUAUUACACUCUGGGAAUCCUCUUUCCCACUUUAGCAAUUCUUUGAAAUUGUUUAAAGAGUGCAUCAAAAAGGAGGGUUGGUCUUCUUCAAACUGUGUUAAAAAGCAUCUUGAUGCUUUGCUGGGCAAGCAGAAGUCUUUGUUGGAGCUGCUGCAAAUGGACCAUAACAAUAGGGAGAUUAAUCUCUCUUACAAAGCUAUUAAUUCUGAAGUUGCCAACUUUUUGGGCCAGCUGGGGGAGGUGUAUUGGACCUAG